AUGUCUGACGAGGCACCCGCGAAACCCACCGUUGCGCAGCCUGCCCAAGCUGCAGCAGCUGCUUCAGCUGAUGUUUCUGCGCCAGAGCCCGUCGCGCCUGCCGCAGAAGCAGAGGCCAAGCCCACCGACACUGAGGUUGAGGUUGUGGUUGAGGCUGAGGCUGAGGCUGCAGCGGCACCUGCCUCUGAGGAUACCAAGGCCGAGGAGGAGGACAAGCCCGUUGAGAAGGCCGCUGAGACUGAGAUUGAGGAGGCCAAACCUGGAGCUGAACCUGAAACUUCCGCUACAGCUCCCGAGCCUGCCGACGACGAGAAACCAUCCGACGCCGACAUCGAGAUGAAGGACAAGACGGAGGCUGCUGGCGACGUCGCAGCCGAGGAUGAGAAGCCCGCCGAGACCGCUACGAAUGCCGAACACGAGGCAGCUGUCCUUGCCGCUGAAGGUGCUGCGAUCGAAGCAGAGGGCGCCACCCCCGGCGGUGAUAAGUCCAAAGCGCGUCGCAAGUCUUCUGGUGUCGCAGCCAAGGCCCAGAAGCUCAACAAGAAGGCUUCCAAAGCCAAGAUCCUACAUACGGACGCGAAGCCCGGCGAUCACUUUUUCGCAAAGCUUAAGGGCUUCCCACCGUGGCCCGUCGUCGUCUGCGAAGAGGACAUGUUGCCCCAGAACAUGCUCAACAGCCGACCAGUGACGGCCGUGCGCCCCGAUGGGACCUACCGAGAUGAUUUCGCAGAUGGCGGCAAGCGUGUUGCAGACCGCACAUUUGCCGUCAUGUACCUUCACACGAACGAAUUCUCCUGGACCCCGAACACUGACCUGAGCGAACUUGACCCCGACACGGUCGCUGAUUUGGUCACAACCAAAAUGCGCAAGGAUCUCCAGAGUGCUCACGUACUUGCUGCCGAAAAGAACAACUUGGACUACUACAAGAAUGUGCUUCGAGAAUUCGAAGAGCAACGUCUUGCUAAGAUUGAGGCCAAGAAGGCCAAGGCCAAGACGCCAAAGAAGGCUAGCAAGGCAGUCGAGACUGUGGCAGCUGACGAGGAUGGUGAUCUGGAAAUGCCCGAUGUCGACGAGGAUGAUGUGGCAGAGGUAGUCGAAAAGAAGCCCAAGUCCAAGAAGCGCAAAGCCGAAGACGAGACCAGCACUCCUCAGCGCUCUGAAUCUGUCAAGAAGCCUAAGAUAAAGUUGACGACUUCCUCGACCCCCAAGACGGCCAAUGGUGUACAGUCACCGACACCAGGGAAAGACUCAGCAAAGCCUGUCAAGGUCAAGGCAAAGUCGGCCAAGGGUGGCAAGGACGCAGAGAGCAAGAAAGAGAAAGAGCCGGUGGCGCCCAAGGAGCCGGAACUGACUGAUCAGGAGAAACACACACGCAAGGAGAAAGAGAUCUUGUUCCUGCGCCACCGCCUCCAGAAGGGACUCCUGCUUCGCGACCAGGAGCCCAAGGCAGAUGAGAUGAAGUCAAUGUCGGAAUUCCUUGCCAAGUUGGAGACGUUCCCGGACCUCGAGGUCAGCAUCAUUCGCGCUACCAAGAUCAACAAGGUCCUGAAGGCGAUCCUGAAGCUGGAGAACAUUCCGAAGGAAGAGGAAUUCAAGUUCAAGCCUCGAUCACAGGCCCUUUUGGACAAGUGGAAUUUCCUUCUGGCGACUGAUGCAGGAGCUGCUACACCUGCUACCGGGGCAGCUUCCGCAACAGCCAACGGCGUCAACGGCACGUCGGCAACCCCUUCAAAGCCUGAGAAGGCCGCUACCAACGGCGUGAAAGAGACCAUCGAAGGCAAGGCGGAGCCGGCGACUUUGGAAAAGGAAGCCAAAGAGGAAGGCGAAAGCAAAGCUGAGGCUCUGGAGGAAGAGAAGGCGGCAGCCACAGAGACGAAGGUCGCGGCCGCUGAUGACGCAGAGGCAAAGGUCGAGUCUGCUGCCUGA